AUGCUGAAACAGAGCAGUGAGAGGAGGCGAUCGUGGAGCUACAAACCCUGGGGUCACCCCGAGAGCGACGAGGGACCCGAUGCCACCCCGAGUGGCCAACUCCAGCACCGCCAGAGCAUCUGUUCUCUGGGGACUCGAACUAACUCCCAGGCUAGCAUUGUGCCCUGGUCAGAGGGCAACUACAACUACUACAUUGAGGAGGAUGAGGAUGGGGAAGAGGAGGAGGAGUGGAAGGAUGAGCUGGCGGAGGAGGAGGAGGCGGAGGAGCUGAAAGACAGCAGCACGGCCCAGCCCCACGGCCCCACCGACACCCCGGUCCAACUGUCCACGCUCAGGGUGAACGUGGGUGGCCACAGCUACCGGCUGGAUUACAGCGAGCUGGCUUGCUACCCCAAGACCCGCCUGGGUCGCCUGGUCACCUCCACCAGCCGCAGUCGCCAGCUGGGCCUGUGCGAUGAGUACGAGGCCCAGAGCGACGAGUACUUCUUCGACCGCGAUCCCGCCGUCUUCCAGCUCAUCUACAACUUCUACACGUCCGGGGUGCUGUUGGUGCGCGACGAGCUGUGUCCACGGUGCUUCCUGGAGGAGCUGGGAUACUGGGGGGUGCGGCUCAAGUACACCCCGCGCUGCUGCCGCAUCUGCUUCGAGGAGCGGCGGGACGAGCUGAGCGACCAGCUCAAGAUCCAGCGCGAGCUGCGCGCCCAGGCGCAGGCCGAGGAGGCCGAGGAGCUCUUCCGGGACCUGCGCUUCUACGGCCCGCAGCGCCGCCGCCUCUGGAACCUGAUGGAGAAGCCGUUCUCCUCGGUGGCGGCCAAGGCCAUGGGGGUGGCCUCCAACCUCUUCGUGCUCAUCUCCGUGGUGGCGCUGGCGCUCAACACAGUGGAGGAGAUGCAGCAUCGGGCGGAGCAGGGCCGAGGGGGAGGCGACCCGCGGCCCAUCCUGGAACACGUGGAGAUGCUGUGCGUGGCCUUCUUCACGCUCGAGUUCCUGCUGCGCCUGGCCUCCACCCCGGAUCUGCGACGCUUCGCCCGCAGCGCGCUCAACCUGGUGGAUCUGGUGGCCAUCCUGCCCUUCUACCUGCAGCUGCUGCUCGAAUGCUUCACCGGGGAGGACCAGCGCCACGGCCAGGGCUCGUCGCUGGAGCACGAUCUGGAGACGGUGGGCCGCGUGGGCAAGGUGGGCCAGGUGCUGCGCAUCAUGCGGCUCAUGCGCAUCUUCCGCAUCCUCAAGCUGGCGCGCCACUCCACGGGGCUGCGCGCCUUCGGCUUCACGCUGCGCCAGUGCUACCAGCAGGUGGGCUGCCUCAUGCUCUUCAUCACCAUGGGCAUCUUUGCCUUCUCCGCGGCCGUCUACUCCGUGGAGCACGACGUGCCCGGCACCAACUUCACCAGCAUCCUGCACGCCUGGUGGUGGGCCGCGGUGAGCAUCUCCACUGUGGGCUACGGAGACAUGUACCCAGAGACCCACCUGGGCAGGCUCUUUGCCUUCUUCUGCAUUGCUUUCGGGAUCAUUCUCAAUGGUAUGCCCAUUUCCAUCCUCUACAACAAGUUCUCCGAUUACUACAGCAAGCUCAAAGCUUAUGAAUACACCGCCAUACGUCGAGAGAGGGGAAAGGUGAACUUCACACAGAGAGCCAGAAAGAAAAUGGCUGAGUGCCUGGCUAGAAGCAACACACUGUCUACCACAAGGCAAGAGAAUUGA